AUGGCGCAACUCAACAACUUACCAGACGAACUGCUCUGCCAAAUCAUCAGCUACAAUGUCCCAGCAGUCCUCCGAUCGCGAAUCGACCUGAACCAGUUCAUGCGAGAUGGCGCCUCAUCCAAGCGCCUUUUGCGCCUCACCAAAGAUACCUUCUUCAGAACUUAUACGCACAAAGUCGACAUCACCUGCAUCUAUACAGCACUCUCACCACGCUGUGCAUAUACACAAGUCCACACCGACGGCCCUCUUGCAGCUCGAAGCAGUUUCUGCAACCAAAUUCGAGACGCCAAUCUGAAAUUGCACGUCUACUACCCUGCAAGCAUCGCCAUCGCCGUGCAGGAGCUGAAGGGUGCAUUGGGAAGGUACGGACAGUUGAGAAAUAUUCGGGUCGGCAUCUCCACGGGAAGUCAUGAGGUUGCGGAUGAGUUGGGAGAGAAAGUGAGGGAGGUCCUGGACUUGUACCGGUCAACGAGGAAGCGGCUUGGGACGUGUUUGACCACGGAGUUGAUGGGUCAUCAAGUUAUGAGCUGCUCAUCGUCGACAUGA